AUGGUUGACAUCAAGGCUGAGGACGACCAAAAGCCGAACGGCGGUCUCCAUCAUGGUCUAGCUCAACAAGGAGUCACUGGUCACAAACCUAGCGAGAUUGCUGCUAAUGACUCUGGCAAGAGAGGCAGAGAGCCGAAAGAUGCCAACGACGAUGAGAUGGCCAUGGCCAGCACCAAGAUUGGCGAUUCCAGCGAGCCUAAACGUCAGAAGCUGGGAACCACACAGAAACACGUCGACAACCCGGAGAACCUGGCCGAGAAUGCGGCUGGCCCGGUUCAUGAUCUAUCUAACAAUUCGCAGAAGACAAAUGCAAUUGACACAAUCUUCGUCUUACCUGGAAAUGAGGUCAGAUUCUUCUGUGACAUUGUUGCCAUCAACGCUGCAAAGCUUGCCGUUAAAAGCAAGCGACUUAUGAUGAUACCAUCCGAAGAUGAGAUCGAGGUUGCCAAGCGAUUCCGUGAUCUUCGUGCUCACUUGGCGUACAUGGGUACCAACCUUGACAUGACACCAAAGAUCAGAGACCGAGGAAAAGUUAAGAAGACGCUUGACAAUAUCCUAAACGAGACGCUGUACUACUUCCCCGAGGAUGUGAAGGCAAAGGCACGAGCCCUGCGGGAGAACUGGGAGAGGGAGAACUGGGGAGCGGACGAGGCCCUCGAUGAGGAGCAGCAGCCAGCAUCUCCGACCACGGCCCCUGACGACGAGGCGACGACCCAGGUGGCCUUGCCGGCCUCGAACGACCCGACAUUCGGCGUCAAUGGCAUCAUGUACGGCGUUCUGGUUGUUCGAGGCAAGGGCGGCCGCAAGGUCUACCAGCUUAACCCUGAAGUUCCCCGAGCGUCCGCUCAAGUUUUCGGACAAAAUGGACUCACCGUUGGAGCGUGGUUCCCUCUGCAAAUCUUGGCCCUGCGCAAUGGCGCGCAUGGCUCUCAGAUGGGUGGAAUUCACGGCAGUCUCUCGAAAGGAGCAUAUUCGGUUGUUGUCACUGACCUCUAUCACGACCUUGAUCGCGACGAGGGAGAUAUUCUCUACUAUUCUGGAUCGAACAGCCACGACAACGAGAAUAGAGAUCGACCGGCAGAGUCUAGCGCCGGCACCAAGGCCCUCAAGGCCUCGCUUGCUUCUGGCCGGCCUGUUCGUGUCCUCCGAUCGGGAGGAUCAACGUUGACCAAGACCAAGAGUUCCUUCGCGCCGUCAUGUGGAAUCCGCUACGACGGCUUGUACCGGGUCGUUCAGAAGCUCACACCCAUCAACAAGAAGGGAGGAAUGUACGAGCAGUUCAAGCUCAUGAGACUUCCGGGCCAGCCUUCUCUGGCCGACAUUCGCAAGCGCUCACCUACAAGACAGCAGAUCGAGGCCUUGGAGGAGUUUCAGAAACGUGAUUAG